AUGUUCGCAACCGUUGGAUCUGCAGAUGACGGAUCCUUAUGGACUGCAUUCCUCCCAACAAGCAUUGGUCGCAUUGUGGUUUCCCCUACCGCCGGGCAUGCCGCCACGCUGACGGGCUCAUCCGUCACAGUGGACGCUUGCCUUACGGAGUUUGCGCCGCCUUCUCCCGGAUCAAUGUCGACGAUCCGCGGGGACCUGAAAGUGUUCAGCGCUACAGCAAGUCCGGCUGAUGAUCGCAAGCUCUUCUUGAAGACAGUUCUGCGGCGGGACAUCCUCGACGGUGCCGAUUUCGAUACAGAAUGGUCGGAAUACGACCCGACGGAGAAGGAGACAAUCGAGGCAUGCGAAGCUGCUGUUACUCUCCUUCACGCAGAUAUAGUCCGAACCUUUCCACCCAUCGGCGGUGUAGUCAAUGGCGCCAUGGUACUCUCAGACGGAUUACUCGUCGACAUGACCUUCGAUAGCCUGCAAAAGGUUAUGAAGCCGAAAGGAGUGGGCUCCAGCAAUCUAGAUGAUCUCUUCAGAACACAGCCGCUUGACUUCUUCCUGAUGCUAUCUUCGCUAUCAGCGGUUGUGGGUAUGGCCGCUCAAGCGAACUACGCCGCCGCGAACCAAGUAAGUAUAGCCCAAGACCUCAAGCUGGUGCUCAUCUGA